AUGUGUAGCUCUCCAGAGAUCAUGGAGGCGACAGCAUCCUUUUCUUCAGUGAUGUUGGGAGGGAGACCGCACCUACGUAGGUGGUGUGUGGUGUGUGUGUGUGUGUGUGUUAAUGUGUGUGUGUGUGUGUGUGUGUGUGUGUGUGUGUGUGUGUGUGUGUGUGUCCAUCAGAGCACCAUCUCACCCGGUCUCUUCUUUCCCACAGCCGUGUGUAUCCUUAAAGGCGUCGCUUUGCCAGCAGGAAGCCACACUUUCAAUUGCAAUGACUGUGUGUGUGACGACGGGCGACUGACGUGCGAAGAUGACGUGUGUAUGGUGGACGAGGAGGUCAUCCAACUCGUGAACGACAACCAGCUUUACUACGGCUGGAAUGCCACAAACUACACCAUGUUCUGGGGCAGGAAGGCCAAGGAGGGGCUGUUCCUGAAGACUGGAACCCUCAUUCUAGACGACAAGACAAAAGGUAUGCUGCCCAUCAUCCUGCGCAAAGGUUACAUUCCUCCUGAGUUCGACGCGCGGAACAAGUGGCCCGGGCUCAUCAGCGACGUACUGAACCAAGGGUGGUGUGGCGCAUCUUGGGCAUUUUCCACCGUGGGCGUCGCACAGGAUAGGCAAAUGAUACUUACCCGCGAGCAUGUGUCCUUGGCGCCACAGCAGCUGCUUAGUUGCUUGCACCGUCCGCUGGAGGGCUGCAAGGGGGGCCACAUCGACCGAGCCUGGAACUACAUGAAGAAGAACGGAGUCGUGGAGGAGAAUUGUUUCCCAUACUCCAGCGGUGCCUCAGGGGAGGUUCCCUACUGCCCUCAUGACCCCGAAAUCCUGGCCUGCAAGGUCUACAAGAUGGAGCCAGCCUACCGCAUAUCCAUGAAGGAAGAUGACAUUCAAUGGGAGAUCCUGAACAACGGGCCUGUGCAAGCGGUAAUGUGGGUGAGGCGUGAUUUCUUCAUGUACUGCUCCGGGGUGUACCGCUGCCCACAAAUGACGGGUGAGCCAACAGGCAUGCACUCUGUCAGGAUUCUAGGAUGGGGUGAGGACGGUCCUGUUAAGUACUGGCUGGUGGCAAACUCGUGGGGCACCGACUGGGGUGAAGACGGCCUCUUCAAAAUCCGGCGUGGGACAAAUGAAUGCGGGAUCGAGUCCUUCGUGCUGGCGGUGCGGGGACGACGUGACCCUUGGGCUAAAAAUGGCAACGGCUUUUGAAGUUCUGUUGAUAUUGUGCCCGGUAUGGUCUCAGAUCAACGAAGCUAUUGUCUCUUGGACUCGCAUGAAGAAGGGAUUUGACAUCCUUUAUAUAUUAGAUUAAUUUUAAUACUCUAGAACUAAAAUAAAAAAGUAUUUGAUCCCUUUAAUCGUUGGAAACCUAGAUGAGGUUGUUCCUGAUGUUUCAGGAUUAAACAUAUCUGUAAGCCUAAGUAAAGUUCAAAGUGUUCUGGAUGUCCAAAGAAAUAUAAUUUGUUUUUUGUAUCUAAGUUUGCUGAUAAUGUUCUAGGAUUCAUGCAGGAUAAUGUGAUGUUUUUUCGUGUGUGUGUCUGUAAACCUACGUAAUGUGGCUCAUAGGGUUCUGAAACUCAAGCAAAGAAUAUUUCCAUGCCUCUUGUACCAAUAAAUAUACGUAAGUUUGUUCUGCAACUCAA